UGUACCAAACGCUGCUUCUCUCCUCCUUCGUCCUUCACGUGAUGGGCACUCCGCAGUUCCUCGCCCACCCCGGGUAACGGCUCACUUCCUGUCCUCCAGACCUGUUGGUUUUAGGCCGACUUUCACCCACUUCCAAUGUGUACAAAUUGGGCAUUAAACAUAUUUAAAAGCGUCACUCUCUAGGGACCACAGCUCCCACGCCUCCUAGCUCCCAGACUGCCAGGCGCACGGCAUUGUGGGGGAAGCUUCAGUCGAUUUGCACAGAGACAAAAAUAAACGGUCAAGUGGAGCCAAAGAGGUGAAAGGUCAAAUCUUAACUCUGGACACAUUCGUAGUAAUAUUUAAAUUAGGCUGCACGCCAACUUCUGGUGACAAAUAACCACGAGAGGCUCCUUAUGUGGAGUCUGAAUCAGACGGGAACCAGAUCUAAAACCAGCUCCUCUCGGUCUCUGUUCCGAGUCUUAACGUCCGACAUCUCGUUUCUCCCCCUUCGCAGGAGGAGGGCGUGCGGUCCAGGCCUCCGUCACAGCGUUGCCACGGCAACGGAGUCAUACGUCCGGCCGGUGCACAAGCCCUACAUCACCCUGUGUCAGGGGCAUCGCCUCUGCAGCACCUACAAGACCGUGUACUCGGUGGCCUACCGGCAGGUGACCCGGGAGGCUCCGCCUUCGCACCUGUACUCCGACUGCUGCCCGGGCUGGCGGAGGCUUCACUCUCACAACUGUAACCAAGCUGUGUGUGGACACACCUGUGUGAACGGAGGCAGCUGCUGGAGACCCAACCAGUGUGCUUGUCCACUAGGCUGGAAGGGCCACCGAUGCCAAACAGAUGUGGAUGAGUGUGCCGAGCGGCGGCCUUGCGCCCAGAUGUGCCUGAACGCAGCGGGCAGCUAUCGGUGUGCGUGCAGAGACGGCUUCAGGCUCGCCGGGGACGGACGUUCCUGUCAAGACCUUCCUCCUCCUCCUCCUCCUCCUCCUCCUCCUGCUCCCACGCAGACCAGCCAGGCAGCAGCUGGUGGUCAGGCUGAUGCAGGUGGAGGAGGGUUCAGCCAGGUGGAGAACGUGACGGAGGAGGUGCAGAGCCUGAGGAACCGAGUCGAGCUCCUGGAAAAGAAGCUGCAGUUGGUGUUGGCGCCCGUCAGCAGCUUCUUCCUGCCGUCGCAGGACGAGGGCUGGUCGGAGAGGACCACCUUGCUGUCGCACUCCUUCCAGCAGCUGGACCGCAUCGACUCCCUCAGCGAGCAGAUCGGCUUCCUGGAGGAGCGCAUCGGCACAUGUUCUUGUCAGGAGAAUUAGAACCAAACGCCUUCCGUGAAGUUAAUAAUGAAACCUGCUGGAGACCGUACGCAUUGCACCAAGAUGGCCGACACGCCCUCAGCUGUGGCGUUUCACUCCUCCCGACAGCUUCCUUCACUUCUCGAUGAAUCGCGGCCAACAUCCUCGAUUGUGUAACAGCACCAGCUGUUUCUGCAUGAUGACAUCAUCCCUGUAACAUCUGAAUCCAACCCAGUGAGGGUCAAAGGUCAAUGUGGCCUCUGUCCAAGGGGGGGGGGGGCAGACCUGGACAUCUGUAUUUAUCUAUUUAAAUUAUGAUUACGUCUAGUUAUUUUCUCUGUGCUCCGAUGGACUUUUUUUUUACCUAGUUUUG